AUGGGACUUCUAAACAGCCACAGCAGUUUGAGAAGCAGUGAUUCCAGCUUGGCAGAGUCAGGUCAGCCAGAAGACAACGCAGUUCCAGGUCCCAGUUACAUCUCUGGCAGUCGCAAGCGCAAAUGGGGUAUUUGGGACUGUGUGGCACCAACCCCUAACAUCCACGAAUCUCGGAACCAGGCAAUCAACCUACAGCAACUUUUUGGCAUCGUCUACAGGAAAAAACUGAAGCUAUCAUCUAAGUAUGCAUACGAAAAUUUAUUUUUGGACGGGAAGGAUACCGACAUUCGAAUCCGUGCACUUGAAGUAGAAUGGCCUCUACACAAAGCGUUUUUAUGUCAGUCACCCUUCUUUGCAAAGAUGCUAAAAGAUACUUGGAAAGAACCCCACAGUGGUGUAGUUGACCUGCAGAUUAAGAAUGGGGAUAUAGAUGUCGGCUCCUUGCACUUUAUGUUUGGGUCAUUUUACAGGGACGAGGACUUGCCAAUACCACCCCGUCGAGCUCCUCACAUUUUGGCAGCAGCAUGCCUGCUUCAGGUGGAGCAUGUCAUCCGGCAAUGUAAAGAGAUCAUGAACAGCAGCAUCACUAGGGAAACCGUGUGCUCAUACUACACAGCAGCAGAAACAUACGGACUGAAAUCUAUAAAGACACGCUGCUUUGACUGGCUUCUCUGCCACUUGAUGACUCACCCAAGUGUUGAACUUUACAGAGGAAUUGAUACAAAGCUCAUGUAUCUUCUUAUUUCUUCACCUGAUUUACUAGUUAUGCGAAAGGAAAUGGACAUCUACACCACCCUGAAAGAGUGGAUAUUCCUUUAUUUUAAUCCAUCCUGGAAAGGCACAGUGAGGCAGAUGUUAACUAAGUCUGACUUCUGGCUUUACAAGCACAUGAAACGCAUUGAUAACAUCAGUUUUCUUGAAAGUGAAGAAGGACUAAUAUUUCAGCCAAUUUUUAAAAAACUGAGGUUUCAACAUAUCAUCUGUGAUCUGAAUGACACAGCUACUCUUGAACAAGAUCGUCUAAUACCUUUAGAAUGGCUGACACCCAUUUAUAAACAGCAAUGGCUGGCUUUGCUUCAAGAACAAGAACAGAGGGAAAUAGGGCCACGAAUCAUCAGUGAAGAAUUCGAAGACUGCAGCAUGAGAUGUGGUACAAUGAUUAGGAGAGAUGGUAAAUACUCCUGGAAGUGGUCAGAUUUUAGGUUUAGUUUCCCUAUAAGAGUCACCUUUACCAACCGUUACAUCAUUUUUAGGGAAAGUCGUCAGCAGUAUGAUGGAUAUUGUUUAAAACAUGUACGAAACGUAGUGUUCAAAAUAACUUUGGUGUGUUUUGAUUCCAACGGGAAAGUAAUAUUCAGUAAAACAACUGGUCACAAAAUUGUUACCUUCGAACAUAACGAGGAACAAAUUGUAAUGAAGUUAGAUGGUAUAGUUUUAAGCUUCCCCUUAUAUAUAUUCUUCAAUUUUCUGUUUUUAUCAUCAGAAAAUAUAGAACAUGUGUGA